UUGUUUGAUAUUUUAUCUGACAGCUGUCAAGCAAUUUUAAUUUAAAGUCAACUAUUUCGCCCACUAGUGGGCAAGGUAAAAUUUCGCCCACCGGUUAAAGUUAUGGAAUGAAAUGCGUUAAAUAAUAUAAUAUUAUUUGGUCAUGUGAAUUACAAAAGCUUUCUUGUGAAAAAAAUGCUUAUGUGUGAACACAGAUUAUAAAGGUUGUGUGAAAGUGUGUGAAACACAAAUUAAGCUGGAAAAUUCCCCAACAAACAUAGUUGCCAAAUUUCCAUAAAACCGUCAUAAAUGACGUUUCAUACCUAACCUAAAAAUACGCCCCAAUUACUUUUAACAAUUUUUAUAAAAACUACAGUGAAAAUGCCUGUAAAACAACCAGAGACCGACACCAGCGAAAACCAGGUUCCCCAAGAGCCUCAGCAACCCCAAAGAGAAUUAACACAAACAGAUUCAUUGAAUAAGCGAUUGUUGGAGGCCUUCCUAAAUAGACUUUCCGAGCAAGAAACAAACGCUGGGAGUAAUGAUGAGACCAAAGAGUGGAACUAAGUAAAAUACAUUAUUUCCUAUAUAUCAUAAAAUCAUUUUGUUGUAACAUAACCUUUAUUACAAACGCGCGGGAAAUUGUUGACAAAAUCCUGUUAAAAUGUCUUCUGGCGAGGAAGAUAAUCCAAUUGAAGAUGCAAACGAUCUGGAAAUAAUUCAAGAAGGCUAUGAAGAUCCAGAAAACAAUGGAGAAGCUGCUGAUGAAGCAGAAGAAGACAAAGAAGAAUCUGAAAACAAGGAAGAUGAAAAGAAAGAGGUUAAAGUGAAGAGGGUUGUAAGAAAUCCACAACCCAAGUUAAAUGAUCAAACGUUGAAAGGACCCAAAGGUAUUGCAGCGUUGGCUAAAUACUUUGAGAGAGUAAAGUUCAAAGGAAGGGGUUAUGAAGAACAGGAUUUGAAUGUGUUGUUAAAAACUUACGAGUACUGGUGUCAUCGGUUGUUUCCCAAGUUUCCUUUUGAAGAUUGCAUUGAAAAACUGGAGAAAUUAGGCGCAAAGAAAAAUGUUCAAACACAUUUAAAAAGAAUUCGUAUGGACAUAAAUUUUGAUGAAGAAGAGGAUAAACCAUUAGACAGUGAUGACGAAAUGGCGGCGCCUCUUGAAGAUACUACUCAAAAUACUCCAUUUGAUGAUUUAGUGAGACCUGUUAAUCCACCAGAGACUCAAAUAAAUGAAGAACAACUUGAAAGAAUGAGGCAAAAUAAAGAAAGGGCUGAACGAUUGAGGCAAGAAAUAUUGAAGAAAAAACAACAAACUGUUAGUAGCAUUGAAACACCUGGUCAAAGUAGUCAAGGGGAUCUGGGAAAAAGUGAUAGGCUUGAUAAAUUAAAGAAAAUUAGAGAAAAAGCUUCAAGUAAUUUGGACGAAUCAAAUCUGUUGCCACCUUCAAAAGAUAAAAGUAAUAAGAAAACAUCAGAUGAUGACAUAUCAGAUACAGAAAAUAAAUCUGGUAAGAAUAGUGAUAGUGAAAAUGAAGAUAACAUUGAAAAUUUAUUGGAUGUGGUAAAUAAGGAUAAUAAAAAUAAAUCACCAACAAGAUCAAAGAAAAAUAUGAUAGAUAGUGAUAAUGAAGAACCCACCCAUGAAGAUAAUAAUGAAAGUUUAUCCACCAAAAAGAAGAAAAAUCUUAUUGAAAGCGAUAGUGAGCCAGAAUCUGCAAAUGAAGAAAAGGGAGACAAAAAUAAAGAUUCAGAUAAGGAAGACAAAAAUACUGAAGUGAGUUCACCACCCACCAAGAAGAAAAAUAUUAUUGAAAGUGAUAGUGAGCCAGAAUCCACAAAUGAAGAAAUGGAGGCCAAAAAUUCAGAUAAUGAGGAAGACAAAAAUACUGAACCCAAGAAGAAAAAUAUUAUUGAAAGUGAUAGCGAGCCAGAAUCUACAAAUGAAGAAAUUGAGGACAAAAAUUUAGAUUCAAAUAAGGAAGACACAAGUACUGAAUCCACCAAAAAGAAAAUUUUUAUUGAAAGUGAUAGUGAGCCAGAUUCCACAAAUGAAGAAACGGAUUAUAAAAAAGACAAAAAUACUGAAGGUACAUCAACCAAGAAAAAUCUUAUUGAAAGUUACAGUGAGGCAGAAAAAAUGGAUGUAGAUGAUUAGCUGUAAGAUUUUUUUAACUUUGUUUCGCUAGGUUUAAAAAAUAAAGGUUAUAUUACAACAGAA